GUGUCGGGGAGGCCCCGGGGCCGCUGGAGAUGCUGGGGCGCGUUUUGGGGGGGGGUCUGCGGGGGUCUGGGGGCGGGGCCUCCCUCGUGCCCCCCCGCGUGCCCCCCCGCGUGCCCCCCGCCCGCGGCGCCUCCGACCAAACCCCCCCGGACCUGGCCCGGGAGCGCUGCAAGGCCGUCACCUCCUUCUACCACCAGCCCGCCAUUGACGCUGCGGCCGACAGGCCCUCGGUGCGUUUGACCCCCACCACGAUGCUCUACUCGGGGCGCUCGCAGGACGGCAGCCACAUCCUGAAAAGCGCCCGGUACCUGCAGCAGGAGCUGCCCGUGCGCAUCGCCCAUCGCAUCCAGGGCUUCCGGAACCUUCCCUUCAUCAUCGGCUGCAACCCCACCAUCCUGCACGUGCACGAGCUGUACAUCCGGGCCUUCCAGAAACUGAGCGACUUCCCCCCGAUCCAGUCCCACAGUGACGAGUCCCAGUACUGCGCGUUGCUGCGGCAGCUGCUGGAGGAUCACAAGGACGUGGUGACGCUGCUGGCGGAGGGGCUGAGGGAGUGCCGGAGACACAUACAGGACGAGCGGCUGCUGCGGCCGUUCCUGGACAAGACGCUGACGUCGCGCCUGGGCAUGCGGAUGCUGGCGGCGCAUCACCUGGCGCUGCACGAGGACAAGCCGGAUUUCGUCGGCAUCAUCUGCACCCGCCUGAGCCCCAAGAAACUGAUCGAGAAAUGGGUGGACUUUGCCAGACGUUUAUGUGAGCACCAAUACGGGAACGCGCCCCGGGUGCGCAUCAACGGCCACGUGGCCGCGCGGUUCCCGUUCAUCCCCCUGCCCCUGGACUACGUCCUGCCCGAGCUGCUCAAGAACGCCAUGAGGGCCACCAUGGAGUCGCACCUGGACACCCCGUACAACGUCCCCGACAUCGUGGUGACCAUCGCCAACAACGACAUCGACCUCGUUAUCAGGAUCUCGGACCGGGGCGGUGGCAUCCCGCACGAUCUCCUGGACAAGGUCACCGAGUACCAUUGCACACACCCAGUGUCCCCAAUGUCCCCAAUGUCCCCAAUGUCCCCAAAUGUCCCCUCUCAGGAUCUCGGACCGCGGUGGUGGCAUUCCGCACGAUCUCCUGGACAAGGUCACCGAGUACCAUUUCAGCACGGCCGAGUUGAGCGCGCAGGACCCGCGCCUGGGGGGGCCCCUGCGGCCCCUGAUGGACGCCAGCGGCCAGGCCGGGCCCAUGCACGGGUUCGGGUUCGGGCUGCCGACGUCGCGCGCCUACGCCGAGUACCUGGGCGGCUCCCUGGUGCUGCAGUCGCUGCAGGGCGUCGGCACCGACGUCUACCUGAGGCUGCGGCACAUCGACGGCAAGGCCGAGAGCUUCCGCAUCUAGGGGGGCUUCAGGUGGGACCCCGGGGCCGGGGAACCUCGGAGAACCCACCAAAGUUGGACUUUUGGGGGGAGGAACCCCGAAAAUUGGGGGUUUGUGGUCAUUAAAAUCAUGGAGAACCUUCCAAAGUUAUGGAGAACCUUCCAAAGUUGGGG